UUUAUUUGAAAUGUUAUACCUUCUUGAUGAAAAUGAUAAGGCAGAGGAGGAGGAGAAGCAGAGGGAGGAAGAUAAGGCAGAGGAGGAGGAGGAGGAGAAGCAGCAGGAGGAGGAGGAUAAGGGAGAGGAGGAGGAGGAGCAGGAGGAUAAGCAGCAGCAGGAGGAGGAUAAGGCAGAGGAGGAGCAGCUGGAGGAGGAUAAGGGAGAGGAGGAGGAGCAGCAGCAGGAGGAGGAUAUGGCAGAGGAGGGGGAGCAGCAGCAACAGGAGGAUAAGGGAGAGGAGGAGGAGCAGCAGCAGCAGGAGGAUAAGGCAGAGGGGGAGGAGAAGCAGCAGGAGGAGGAUGAGGAGGAGAAGCAGCAGCAGAUGGAGGAGCAGCAGCAGUUGGAGAAUAAGGCAGAGGAGGAGGAGCAGCAUGAGAAGCAUAAGGCAGAGGAGGAGCAGGAGGAGAAUAAGACAGAGGAGGAGGAGCAACAGCAACAGAAAGAGGAGAAGCAGCAGCAGCAGGAGGAGGAGGAAGAGGAGAAGGAGCAUCAGCUGCAGAAUCAGCAGCAACAUGGGGAGGAGAAGGAGGAGGAGGAGGAUAGGAAAGAGGUGGAGGAAGAGCAACAGCGGCAGCAGCAGGAUAAGAGAGAUGAGGAGGAUAAGCAGCAGAAAGAGGAUAAGGAGAAGCAGAAGCAGGAGAAGCAGCGGGAGGAGGAUAAGGCAGAGGAGGAGGAGCAGCAGCAGCAGCAGGAGGAUAAGGCAGAGGAGGAGGAGAAGCAGCAGGAGGAGGAGAAUAAGGGGGAGGAGGAGGAGCAGCAGCAGCAGCAGCAGGAGGAUAAGGCAGAGGAGGAAGAGAAGCAGCUGGAGGAGGAUAAGGGAGAGGAGGAGCAGCAGCAGCAGGAGAAGGAGGAUAAGGGAGAGGAGGAGGAGAAGCAGCAGGAGGAGGAGGAUAAGGGAGAGGAGGAGGAGGAGCAUCAGCAGCAGCAGGAGGAGGAUAUUGCAAAGGAGGAGGAGCAGCAGCAGCAGGAGGAUAAGGCAGAGGGGGAGGAGAAACAGCGGGAGGAGGAUGAGGAGGAGAAGCAGCAGCAGGAGGAAGAGAAGGAGCAGCUGCAAAAUCAGCAGCAACAUGAGGAGGAGGAGGAGGAUAGGAAAAAGAAGGAUAAGGGAAAGGAGGAGGAGGAGAAGAAGCAGCAGCAGGAUGAUAAGGGAGAGGAGGAGGAGAAGCGACAGGAAGAGGAGGAGGAGGAGGAGAAGCAGCAGCAGGAUAAGAGAGGGGAAGAGGAGGACCAGGAGGAGCAGCAGCAUCAGCAGCAAGAGCAAGAGGAGGAGGAGGAGGAUGACAUGAACAUGAACGGCUCAUCUGCCGCAGAGGAACAAUGUGAAGAGAGAAAGCUGGAAGAGCUACAGGUUAAAGAGGAAGUCAAGCGGAGUCAAACCGAGGAGGAGGUGCUGGAAGUGGAGAAGGAAUCAGAAGGGGAAAAUCCUAAGGGGCAGAUUAUCCGUGAAGAUGAGAAGCAUUGUGAGCUUCAACUUGUGGAGGAAGAUAUCGACAGGGAUAGAGAAGAUGACUUGGUCGAGGAACAUCAUACUAAGAGGAGGAAAAAAUGGUGGCAUAAAUUUUUAUGCUGUUUUCUGAAAUAA